AUCGUUCUUUGUUGCCGAGCCAUUUUCAGUUACUUAACGUUAUAUAGCUCUAUGCUUAUUAGAACUCAACACGUACACAUAUUUAUUUUUAUGCCGUAAUUUUGAGUAAAACGUUUUUCCUAUCAGUUACUCUUGCCUUUAGUCAUGCAUAUUGCUAGACGGGCCCUCUAUGGCUGCUAAAUCAUGGCCGUCCGACACAUUGGGGGUUGUAUAUGCUCAACGUCCAACAGCGUAUUCCAACGUCGGCCGGAGGAAUGUUCUGGCAAGCUUUUGGUCCGCCACAACCUUCCACCAACCCAGAGACAUAAAGGAGAGACCAAUGUUAGCCUCUUAAAUUUGGCAAGCGAAGAGGACGAUGAAGUCCAGUUUGACACUUCUGACACAGAUAAUAACCGUGAGGUGUUGAUGGCUGGUAGACAUUACCCGUCCAUCCAAGAGUUUGCCUCAGCAAUCCCCAACCACCUUCUCCUGGGGUCUUUGCUGGAGCACCUGUGCUUCGUCUAUGAGAGCAAUCCAGCACGCUCACGAAUGCUGUUUAAAGUCAUUGGCCAACGCUUAGCAGCCAUGAACCUCCUCUCACCUUUGGCCAUAAGCGAUGAGUUCAGUACCGUCAGGCUCCAGCACAACCGGGCCUUCACUGAGCUGCUUAAUGCUGCCAGCUCCUCAUUGUGCCCACAGGGUCUCAGCUCAAAUACACACAAUCCUGCUGUAAGACCUAAGGAGGAACUGUUUCAAGCGCAGACAUCACGGUAUCUUAGUGAGUUUGAAGAAAUCUGUAGACUUGGAAAAGGAUCAUAUGGAAAUGUUUUUAAGGUUAUGAACAAACUGGAUGGACAGUAUUAUGCUGUGAAGAAAAUUCUCAUCAAAAAAGUCUCCAAGGAUGACUGUAUGAAGGUCCUCAGGGAAGUCAAAGUGUUGUCCAGCCUGCAGCAUGUAAAUGUUGUGGGCUAUCACACUGCAUGGAUGGAACAUGUUCAGCCUGUGACAUAUCCUGAGUCUCUCCUGCCUGCACUGCAAUCAUCUGGACAACAGGACAACUCUGAUGAGAUCACUGACUGCAGCAGCAGCUCCUCUAUAGUUUUUCAAAGCCUCAGUCAAGCACAGACAGAUGCUGCUUCAAGUGCCAUCGUACCUCAGACAGAGACCCAGGCAGUCAAAGCUUUAGUUCCAACCCAAGAGAAGGGCCAGGUGGUGUGUCCCAAGACAAUGCGCCGCAUCCCUGAGAACUACAUCCCAUGUGUAUUCCUGGGACAGCAAGGUCCCAUGAGGAGCUUCAGAUGUCCUGUUGCAGGUUGGGAGGGCUCAGUACUGUUUGAGGAGGAGUCUAGCAGAAGUAGCAUGGAGCUGAACAACAACUCCUACAUCAACAAAGAGUGUCAGCAGUGGGGUGACCAACGCACAACAAAGCCUUCUAAAGAGGUACAGUUUCACCUCAUGCUCUACAUCCAGAUGCAGCUGUGUGAACGCUCACUGAAGGACUGGAUCACUGAGAGGAACUCCAGGCCCAAAGAAGAACAAGCCUCAAGAUGUCCUUAUGUCAGUGUUGAUUCUGAACACACUCUGAGCCUGCUGAGGAACAUAGUUGAAGGAGUGGAGUACAUUCACUCCAGGGGAAUCAUACAUAGAGACCUGAAGCCAAGGAACAUUUUCCUCCAUGGUCAUGACUGCCAUGUUCGGAUUGGGGACUUUGGUUUGGCCUGCAGGGACAUUAUCGUAGAUGGACAGAAAGACACUACCUCUCCCAGCAGCGAUUCCUCACAUACAACAGGUGUUGGCACAUUUGUGUAUGCUGCACCAGAACAACUGAAAGGCUCUCAUUAUGAUUCAAAGUCAGACAUGUACAGCAUCGGAGUACUUGCUCUUGAGCUCUUCCAGCCCUUUGGAACAGAAAUGGAGCGUGUUCGGACUCUUGGGGACCUAAGAGAGGGGAAAAUCCCAGAUUCAUUCUGCCACAGAUGGCCAGUCCUGACUAAGUAUAUCAUGAGGUUGACGAGUAAAGAGCCCAGUGUUCGUCCCACAGCCAGCCAGCUUCUACUGAGUGAACUCUUCUGCAAUAAAGACAUGGUAAUCCAUGGUUUGCAGAGAAAAGUUGAAGAGCAGGAGGAAGAGAUUAUGCAGCUGAGGGGACAGAUCAGUCGGCUUCAGAGCUCACAAGUCACAGUUCAUUUUUCUGAGUUGGACAAGACCUGAGCUUUAAAAAUCUCAACAACCUACAGACUGUUAAAACUUGAUUUAUUCAACCACUGCGGUACUGUUUUGGUGACUUGGUACAAGUGGUAGAGUGUGUGUAUGUAUGUGUGUGUGAGAGCACACCUGGUGUACACCUGGAUAGCAGGGUGCAAUUAUCUAUCUUCAUUCACCUGUUUAAUAAAACAUAUUUAUACUGUG